AUGGCUCAGGCACCCAUGUUAUCCGUGCCGCUCAAGGCCACGAGCGAGAUCGACUGGGUUGCGCCCUUGAAGCACUACAUACAGAAUACAUAUGGCGACGAUGCCGAGCGGUAUGCUGAGGAGUGCGCGACGCUGAACCGCCUGCGUCAGGACAUGAGGGGUGCCAGCAAGGACAGCACCGCAGGGAGGGAUCUGUUGUAUCGGUACUAUGGGCAGUUGGAGCUUCUAGACCUGAGGUUUCCCGUCGAUGAGCAGCAUAUUAAGAUCUCAUUCACAUGGUUUGAUGCCUUUACACACAAGUCGACCUCACAACACUCGUUGGCCUUUGAGAAAGCCUCCAUCAUAUUCAACAUAUCGGCAGUACUGUCUUGUCACGCUGCCCACCAGGCUCGAUCAGAGGAGUCUGGUCUCAAGACUGCAUACCAUUCGUUCCAGGCGUCCGCUGGCAUGUUUACGUACAUAAAUGAAAACUUUUUGCAUGCACCAUCCUCGGACCUCAGUCGCGACACUGUCAAGGCAUUGAUUUCCAUCAUGCUGGGACAGGCGCAGGAGGUCUUUCUUGAGAAACAGAUUACGGAUCAGAAGAAAGUGGGGUUGCUGGCUAAGCUUGCUAGCCAGGCCUACUCGCUAUACUCUCAGGCGACAGAAGGGGUUCAGGAAAACGUCAACAAGGCCAUCUUUGAGAAAGUCUGGCUGACCUUCAUCCAGAUCAAAAGUUCAUUGAUGAACGCCAUGGCGCAGUACUACCAGGCACUAGCAGACGAUGACGCAAACUCGCAUGGCGUAGCCGUUGCGCGGCUGCAGGUAGCCGAGAGUGCAGCCAAGGCAGCAUGUCGACUUGCCAAUGGCUUUCCGAGCACUGUACCACCUAAUUCGAACCUUGGGAGUGAUACAGGACCGCUGCUCUCUGAGAUUGCGAAUCGACAGCUUUCCACCAUCCAGGACAAACUCAAGGAAUUGGCCAAGGACAAUGAUUACAUCUAUCAUCAAACUGUGCCGGCGGAAGCCAGUUUGGCAGCUGUUCCUAAGCUUCCGGCUGCGAAGCCUAUUCCAGUUAGCGAACUUUAUGCGGGACAAGACAUCCAGCGGAUCACUGGGCCCGACCUGUUUGCCAAGAUUGUGCCGUUCGCCGUGACGGAAUCUGCCAGCCUCUACGACGAAGAGAAAGCAAAGCUUGUGCGGGCAGAGACGGAGAGGGUUGAUCUAGCCAACAGUGAGAUGGCGGCCAGUUUGGACUAUUUGAAGCUACCAGGGGCACUCGAGGUUUUGAAGGGCGGUUUUGAUCAAGAUGUGUCUCCCGACGAGGAUUUCCGGACUUGGUGUGUUGAUGUCGCCGAUCACGAGGACCCGCAGGCCAUAUUCGAGGCUCUUUCCAGGGACAAGGAACAUAUAAAAGGGAUCCUGGACCGUAGCUCGAAGCAGUUGGAUAUGGAGGCGCAUGUGUGCGAGAAGAUGCGCUCCAAGUACCAAGCAGAUUGGACCCAGCAGCCAAGUUCGAGAUUGACCACCACAUUGACCGGUGACAUUCGAAACUACAGAGAGGCGCUGGAGGAGGCGGCCAAGAGCGACGCUCAACUCAUGGCAAAGCUACGUCAGAACUCUGCAGAGAUUGAGGCUAUGCGCACGGCAGCCCAACAUGGGGAGAUCGAUGCGCUGUUCCAAAAGGCGUUGAGUCGGGGUCGGGGAAGCAUGAGCAACACCAACAGCCCUGGUGGCGCCGAACAGAACCUGCUAGACGCCGACUUCGAUGACGGUAAACCAAGCGUGGUGGACCAAAUCAACAAGGUUGAGGAGAUAUUGAAGAAGCUGAACCAGUUGAAGAGGGAGAGGAACCAUGUUUUGAAGGAUCUCAAGGACAAGGCCCAUAACGACGACAUCUCCCAAAUACUUAUCUUGAACAAAAAGUCAAUAGCAAACUACGAGCAGCAGCUGUUCCAGUCGGAGCUCGAGAAGUUCAGGCCAAUGCAGACACGUUUGGUUCAGGCUGGCCACAAACAGUCGGCCCUCAUGAAGGAGUUGACGGCUGCUUUCAACAGCCUUUUGCAGGACAAAAGGGUCAAGGCCGAACAGAGCAAGUAUGAGUCGAUACAGCGGCAAAGGAGCGCUGUCAUCAACAAGUACAAGCGUGCAUACCAGGAGUUCUUGGAUCUCGAGGCGGGACUGCAGGGUGCCAAGACGUGGUACACAGAGAUGAGGGAGACGGUGGAGAGUUUGGAGAAGAACGUCGAGACUUUUGUGAACAACAGGCGGUCCGAAGGUGCACAACUGCUCAACCAAAUAGAACAAGAAAGGGCGGCAAACAAGAACUCCCAGGCCGAGCUUGAGCGCGAAAGGAUGAGGGAACUGAUGGAGCGCAUGAACGUCGAGGGCCAACAGACACCCGCCUCGCCACCGAAACAAUCUACGGGCUCAGGCCGGCCCAUCCCGGCGCCUUUGUUCCCGUCAGGUGGUGCCCCGACAUAUCCUCAGAUGAACUUCCAAGGACAGUACCAGCUGCCUCGCUCACCACCCCCAGGGCAAAGCAACAUGCCGCAGUCAUACAUGCAGCCACAGUAUCAGCAGCCGCAGCAAAACGCGCACAACCAGUACGCCACCUACAACCCAAGCGCGCAUGGGCGCAUGCCUGGUCCAGCCUCACCUGCCCCGACGCAGACGACCUUUGGGAUGAAUGCAAUGCGGCCGGGACCUACCUCUCCGCCCCCGAAUCAGACAAGCUUUGGAAUGAAUGCGAUGCGACAAGGCCCUGCUUCUCCACCCCCAACCCAGACAUCAUUCCAACAGCCGCCGAGCCGACCAUUCAGCAAUACCUAUGGCAACCCGAACGCACCGUCGACGCCUAGCCAGCAGCAAAGCUUUGGCGCAGCAGCGGGGUUUGUGCCUCCACCUCCACCAGGGCCGCCGCCUCUGGGGCCACAACAAACGUAUCACGUUGGUGCCUCGGAUUACUAUAGCCAGCAACAACCAGGCAGCCGGCCACACUCGACGCAGAACACUCAGCAACAGCACCACCAGCCGCCGCAGCAGCAGGCAGCUGAUCCGACACGGACGGACGUUGAAUCUGCGACGACAACCGCUACCAAAAUCGCCAACCACGGCAAGCACUCCUCUGGUCUGGUCUGCACUCGCAAUGCCACCGUGAAGAUGCUGUCGUUUAUUUUGAUUCAAAAUCGCCAGGGCAAGACCCGACUUGCGAAAUGGUACGCUCCAUACAGCGAUGAGGAGAAGAUAAAACUCAAGGGCGAGGUCCACCGCCUCGUGGCGCCGCGCGACCAAAAGUACCAAUCCAACUUUGUCGAGUUCCGCAACAACAAGCUCGUGUACCGGCGGUACGCCGGGCUCUUCUUUUGCGCGUGCGUCGACACGAACGACAACGAGCUUGCCUUCCUCGAGGCCAUCCACUUCUUCGUCGAGGUGCUCGACGCCUUCUUCGGCAACGUGUGCGAGCUCGACCUUGUCUUCAACUUUUACAAGGUCUACGCCAUCCUGGACGAGGUCUUCCUGGCCGGCGAGAUUGAGGAGACGAGCAAGACGGUCGUGCUCACGAGGCUGGAGCAUCUGGACAAAUUGGAGUGA